AUGGAAAAGGUGGUUCUGCCCAACGGUGAAGAGCGUGAGAUCGAAAUCAAGAACGCGCUAUAUGUUCCAAGUAUGAGCAAGAACCUGCUCUCGGUGCCACAGAUUAACAUCCAUGGCAAGUUUCAAGUCGUGUUUGACGGGUCCAAGAUGUAUGUGACUCUCAAGAACUCACAGCAAGUGGUGGCGACAGCGGAUCUCGUGGAUGGACUCUACUGGCUUCGGACGACUCAACGAUCAGCGAAUGUGACAACAAGUGGAACCAGUUGUGCCGAUCUACAUGCGAGAAUGGGUCAUGCUCCAGUCGAUGUACUUCGCAAGAUGAUCGCGACCAACAUGAUCAAGGAUGUGCGAGUCCCUCUCAAGUCGGGUGGAGCAACUACAUGUCGAGGAUGUCAACAAGGGAAAAUGGUCCAAAAACCAUUUCCAAGCAACCGAGACAAGCGCAGCUACGAUACGUUUGAGCUACUUCAUCUGGACAUCUGCGGGCCCAUGGAAAAGGAUUCGCUCGGUGGCAGCAAAUAUUUGCUGCUGAUCAUCGACGAAGCCAGUGGAGGCAUGAAGGGCUUUUGUCUACGAGUGAAGUCCGAGAGUGAAGACUACAUCCGGAAAUAUAUCACCAUGGUACAGACGCAAUUCUGUAAGAAGGUCAAGUUCGUGCGACACGACGGAGCUCGCGAGUUUGCAACCAACUCGCUUCAACUGUUCUACGAAGACGAAGGCAUUGAACAGCAGACAACGGUGCCGUAUGCACAUCAAACAAACGGAACAGCAGAGCGUGCCAUUAGGACUAUUGUCACGAUCGGCCGCAGCAUGCUUCAUCAUGCCAAACUGGACAAGUGUUUCUGGGCCGAAGCAGCAAUGACGGCCAUCUACGUCAAGAAUCGAUCCCACUUGAGUCGAUUCUCUUUAGGCGUCAGUAUGUAUGUCUGA